AUGGAGCCACCAUGCAGUUCGGACUCCAAUCAAAUAAAAAGUAAGCAAGAUGGUUUUCAGGUAUUUUACUAUCUUGACGACGAAACAACACCGUAUGUGUCCGUGAUUGAUGCUCGGGAAGGUGUCGCGACACUCGGAAAUUUUAAAAAUUCGUUCACCAAGAGAGGCUACAAGUAUUAUGCGAAAGAGUUAGACCCGGAUAUUCAACGAGAAGUAAAAGUUGAACUAAUUUCCGAUACGGAUCGCCUGCGAAGGUCGCAAAAUGGAUUUUACGAGGUUUUCCUUGUUAGCACUCCCGGAUAUGGCACUUUACCAAGGAAUACCGGGACGAUGACAAGACCGCAAAGAGCUGCAAUUGAUAAGAGGCGUCGACGAAGUGCAGAUUUCGAUGCUACACCCUAUUCUGAUGCCAGUCUAGCACCAAGUACCAUUGUUAGCAGGAGAGCCGGAGAACACCUCGCUGAAAUGUACACUUCUAAUUCUGAAGAUCCCUACCAAUACGACGAAUCCACUCGCCGGACCACCGACGACUCAUCGAUGUAUGAGCCAUUGACAGCGAGAGAUAUGAAUAGAUAUCAUGAUGACGAUCGGAGGAAGAAGAAACAGAAGAAAGAUAGAUUCAGAAGGCCCUAUGUACCAAGCACAAUCAGUUCUGCCACCGAAUCAAGUGUAAACAGUGGGCUUCCGAGGAUUCUGGAGAUUUAUUUAUCGAUGAAAAAUGUUCCAUACCUUGGCUUAAGUGUCUGCACCAUGGAUGGCCACAUUUUUGUAUCAGAAAUCGCUCCAGAAGGUGCAGUUGAAAAGGACGGACGAGUGAACGUAGGAGACCAGAUUCUACAAGUAAAUCGAGUGUCCUUCGAAGAUCUAACCGGUCCACAAGCUGUAAGGGCUCUUAGAGAAGCUGCUGGUUCGAAGAGGCCCAUUACUCUCUACAUUAGCAAGUACCGAAGGGCGGCUCCAAGUGAAUACGACGACCCGUUAGCUUCGAUGGCUUCGGAGACGAUGCCCCUGGAUGUUGGAGUUUGGGUGGAGACUGCUGUGCAAGCAACAGAGAAAAUGAAGGCGCUUGGAAUAGAUCCACAGGAGCAAACUAUGACAUCUGUGGACGACGGCACGAUGCCUUUUACUUCAACAGCUUCUGAUGAUGAAGAACGAAUUCUUUACGAUCAACGAAGGAAUGGAAUACCUAGGGCGUUAUUGGAAGAGGCGGAAAGGAAAAAGGAGAAUGAGAGGAAUGAAAAGGCGGAGCAGCUAACGGAAUUGAUAGAUCCCAUAAUUGUAGUUCGUGCCAUGGCUCGCCCGGACUCAGGCCUAGUUAUCAAAAAUCGAAAAUGGCUGAAAAUUUCAGUACCAAUGUCCUUCAUAGGUCAGGACCUGAUUGAUUGGCUAGUGGACCACAUGACAGAUAUCCAUAACAGAAAACGAGCGAAACUGUAUGCCGCACGUCUUCUAGCUGCUGGUCUUAUUCGACAUGUCGUCAGUAAACUAACAUUCACGGAGAAGUGCUAUUAUGUCUUUGGAGAUGGGAUUCUACCAACAGAUCGAACCUCGGCUGACAAUUCUGGAACCAGUGGAACCACGACGACGAGAGUAGAAGCUACCACAGAAGUAACAUAUGUUGGAUCUCCGGCGCCGCAUGCUCUUGCGAAUCGAAUGGGAAGAACCAUUCCUCCUCAUCGCCUGGAAACGACUACACUAAGUCCUGUGGCACACGAUCAAACUUGGCUGAGAAGAAGAAGAGACUGCGAGAGUCCAAUGACUAACGACUAUGCGUCAAUGGUUGGAGAGAGUCAGAUCGGUAUGAAUCCCGCUGGAAAUUACUAUGGAGCGAAGAACUCCCGACAGAUGAUGGUGCCAGCGUCAUCGCAAGUGACGUCUUCUAGUUUGACGAACGGCAGCGGUGGAAUUGGAGGCCCACCCCCGACUCCUCUGUCCAGUACUAUGGUUCUAGCAGCAUCUCCGAUCCAAUCGUAG